GUGGCAGACAAACUUGGUGCUCGACCUGGCGGAUCUGAUAAAGAAGAUAUGGAUUUUGAGAUGGCCAAAAUAAAAAGUUCAGAACCAGGUUUGCAAAGGUUUAGAGCUAAAUGUGCUCUCACUUAUCCUACUAGUUUUUUUUUUCCUUUGGAAGAUGAAGCAGAUUUAGUUGGGAAUUCACUUGAUCACCAUUCAACUGACAGCUACCUCUCCAGCAGUCCCAAUAGUAGCUCAAAGGACAAAGUGCUUGCUGAAUCAAUGGACUCUGUUGAUGAUGAACCACUCUUUCCAGAACCUGAUAGAGAUCUUUCGGAUUGUGAGACCUCAUUAUCCACCAGGAGUUGCAGAGAACUGAUUCAUAAUGUUUCUGGAGUGCUCAGCAAGAUUGAUCAGUUAAAAGAAAGCAAACUUAGCUACGCAAAACAGGUCAUUUUGAAUGCUGAACUCAUAUUUGGAACUACAUCUCAACAGCAGGCUCUACCUGUAGAGGAUGGCUUCUCUAUGAGCCAUUUUCUCCUCAAUGAACAUGAAAUGUUUUCGAGUUUUCUGUGGAUGGCUUUCGAUGAGUUACUUGGAUGUAAUGACCCAAAACAGAUGAAUCAUCUUAAUGGAUUCGCCUUUGAUUGUCCAUUAGAGUACCUAGACUCAAAAUUUUCUCCAAACUACCAUCAAGUAUGACCAAAGAGAUUCUAAUUGCUGAUAUUAUUGAUGAGGUCGAAGAGUGGACAGAUUUUGUUGGUUUGAUCCCAGACGAGCUAAUAGAAUGGGAUAUGAGCCAUUCUUUGGGUAAAUGUACGGACUUCGAUAUUAAAGAAUAUGAAUGUGGCACUGAAGUUGCUAGGCAUAUUCUCCAAGAAUUAGUAGAUGAAGUUGUUUUACACCUCCACAGUUCUAGCUAAGUUUGGUGGAACUGUUAGUAGCUCUUCUUUUUGAGACUUUGUUGCAAGCCUAUCAGUGCUGUUCUCAUGUGAUAACUCUUGACUCAAUAAUGUCAAGCAAAGUAUGUUGUACAAAUCAUUGAUUGUACAAAUCAUUGAUUCUGCAUCUGAUUCGACUUAUUGUACUUGUGCUUUUGCAUUUAUGAAUAUUAAGAACAAUCUCUUCGUGAA